GGAUUUCGAUCAUACUAUUCGGUGUCAUCUGUCACUUUGUACGUCAGAUAGCUCAGGUUUUGCAUAAGAAAAUCUGAAUCUUUUCGCUAAAUUGUUUUGAGAAACCAUCCAUCCCGAAACCAAUUAAAUCAUGUCGAAGUGGAGAGAAUUAGGUUUGACUUACAUCAACUAUUCCAAUAUUGCUGCCCGUGUCCUUCGUGGUGCGCUGAAACCGGAUUUACAGGCAGACGCUGCUAAACGAGCAUCUGCACACGUAAAAUUCACAAAGUGGACCGAUGGAAAGCCAGCGAGCGAGAGAUACUAAAGUUGUAUUGUAUCCGACGAAAAACGUUGUCGUUAAGGAAUAGAAAAGUUCUACAAAAAACAAUCUUUGGUAAACUUCAAACAAAUAAAAAAAAAUGUUUUUGCGUUCCGUACAACUAAAACAUAAAAUAGUUCAGCUUUCAUCUGUGAAAUAAAAACAAUUAUGUAUUAGAAUC